AUGGAUCAAGAAGAAACUAUUAUCAUUAAAGCGAGAUGUAAUGUUGAUGAAGGACAAGUGGCUCGUAAAAUUGUUAUUGAUAAAAACAUUAAGCUGGAAGAAUUAGAAUACAAGUUACGUGAACGUUUUGACGUUAGCUAUGACAAGAGAGUAGAGCUUUAUUAUUUAGACGAACAAGAUCAUAUUGCGGUUACUUUUGAAGAUGAAUUAGCUUUGGCAAUGGAAUCUUCAAAGGUACCAAUAUUUGAAUUGGUUGUCAAACAAAAGGCUAUUGAUGGUUUCUAUACUUACCCAAAAGUUUCCAAAGGAAAACCUGGCGAUGUUUUUGAAGUUCUAGUCGAAAGUCAAUGGCUUACCAUUACUAAUGCCACAAGGGAUGAUACUAAAGCUUGGGGAACUUUUAUUUACACUGAUGAUUCUGAUGUUGUCAAAGCUUUGGCUCAUACGGAAAAGGUUGAAUUAACUGAUAUACCUCCAGAAUACAAUGUUAUUGCCACUGUACGUUUCUUACCUGGUUGCCUUAAAUAUUAUGGAUCAAGUUGUCAAGGAAUAACCACUAUGAGUUUUGGUCCUUAUAUAUCAAGUUUUAUUAUUGAAGAAGUUAGAGUUAUCGCCGCUCCAUCCUAUAAUGAAAAAUCUUAUUC